AUGACCUCCAGAGAUACGGCAAUAGGAACGGUCUUCUUAUCACAGACUGUAUUUGGAAUUCUGGGGAAUUUCUAUCUUCUGUAUCAUUACGUCUUCCUUUACUUCACUGAGUGCAUGCUCAGACCCACAGAUCUGAUUCUCCAGCACCUCACUGUAGCCAACUCCUUGGUCCUUCUCGCUAAAGGAGUCCCCCACACAAUGGAGGCUCUUGGGGGGAAAUAUUUGCUCAAUGACUUCGGAUGCAAACUCCUUUUAUAUGUUCACAGAGUGGGCAGGGGAGUGUCCAUCAGCACCACCUGCCUCCUGAGUGUCCUCCAGGCCAUCACCAUCAGCCCCUUGAACCGCAGGUGGGCAAUGCUUAAAGUAAAAGCCCCAAAGCAUGUCAGUUUCCUUAUUUUCCUGUGCUGGGUCGUCUACAUGCUGGUAAAUACAGUUUUUCCUAUAUAUUUGACUGCCGACUGGAGCACCAAAAACAUCACAAACUAUAAAAAGUUUGGACCCUGUUCUGCUGUUCGUCACGACAAAGCCACAGACUCAGUCUUUGCAGCACUGCUGUCAUUCCCUGACGUUGUGUGCUUGGGGCUCAUGCUCGGGGCCUCCAGCUGCAUGGUGCUCAUCCUGCACAGGCACAAGCAGCGGGUCCAGCACAUUCACAGCACUAAUGUCUCCCCCAGGUUGUCUGCCGAGUCCAGAGCCACCCAGAGGGUCCUUGUCCUGGGGAGCACCUUCGUGGGUUUUUACCUCCUCUCCUCCAUCUUACACAUGUGUAUCGCCCUCUCUCAUAACCCUGGCUGGUGGCUGAUGACCCUCUCUGCUGUGGCUGCUGUGUGUUUCCCAGCUGUCAGUCCCUUUCUGCUCAUGAAUCGUGCCCACAGCGUAUCCAGGUUCUGCUCUACCUGGAUAAGGAACACAAAAUCCCCUCACCUUAUAUGAAAUAUGUAAAUGUAUGUUUUUGCACAAUGUUGU